ACUUCAAGUCUUUUGACAAAUAGCGGGGCUCUCUCUGCCAUCGGACAUCACAUGUAAAUUGCAAUACCGUGUGGUGUGUUGUACAGUCCACAAUACAAUAACACAUCUUCUUCUUCGUUUUCCGAUCGCCUUCCCACUCCACGAUUCUCCAAAUUAACCACCAAUCGCCGCCAUUACUGCUGCAGAAGCGCCGCCCUGAUUGAUUGAUCCGCUCCGCGCCUCGUGCCCCAAGAUUUGGUUCAAGGAUAGAUAUCCUGUAUCCACCCCCAAAAUUUCAAUUUCGAUUUUAUGCUGUUGUGUUGAUUUUCUUCCCGAGUUAUGUGAACGGAUUUUGUGGAGGAUGUUGCGCUACCAAUGAUUGCGGGGAUCGAGUUGGGUGGGAAUUGCUGCAGCCACAAUCGAGGAUUUUCUAGGGUUUCGGUUUGGGGAUUUUGCUUUUUUUAAGUCAUGGAGAAUAUUGAGACUUUGUUGGCUGCUGUAGCUCAGACCCAGGGCUUCGACGAUGAUCCUGUUGUUGCUCCUGCGCCGUCGCCUAAGGCUGGGAACUCCGAUUCGAAGCCGGGGAAUUCCGGCGGGGUUCAGUCGCCGGGUGAAGAGGUUUCCGGAAAUGUUCCGACCUCGACGCCGGUUGGGACGAAUCCUCCCCCACCUCCGACGAUCGGCGCCGUGGUGAAGAGAAAGAGAGGGCGGCCGCCAAAGGGGCAGCACGCGGCUAAGCUUCCGCCGCCGAAACGGGAAAAAUUGGAGGAUGAGGAUGAGGAGGAUGUUUGCUUUAUUUGCUUCGAUGGUGGUUCUCUUGUACUUUGCGAUCGCAAGGGCUGCCCAAAGGCAUACCAUCCUUCCUGUAUUAAGCGAGACGAAGAAUUUUUUGCAUCAAAAGCCAAGUGGAUAUGUGGUUGGCAUAUAUGUAGUGUGUGUAUGAAGGCGUCUCACUAUAUGUGCUACACUUGCACUUAUUCGUUGUGCAAAGGCUGUGCAAAAGCCACCGAUUACGUAUGCGUUAGAGGAAACAAAGGAUUUUGCUCGACAUGCAUGAAAACAAUAAUGCUGAUCGAAAAUAAGGACCAAGCGAACAAUCAGUUGGUUCAAGUAGAUUUUGAUGACAAAACUAGCUGGGAGUAUCUUUUCAAGGUAUAUUGGGUAUUUUUGAAAGAGAAACUGUCGCUGACUUAUAGUGAGCUCACUCGAGCUAUGCCACCCUUCCCUGAUGUGGCUUAUGAUCGGAAACCGAAUAAGGCACUUCGUGCCAGAGUUGAUGGGAGAGUUUCAGUUUCUUCCACGAGAUCUGGACAUCUGGAGUUGAAUUCACCCUGCAUAGAGACUCAUGUUUUGCAGAACGAUGGAUUAAGGAUGCCAUUGUCAGGAAUUGUUAACUAUUCGGAUAAACUAAAUUGCACUGAUGCGGCUGGUGUUCAAAGUCAUAAAACAGAAAUCCCUGAUAACCCGGUUGUUGAGAAUGAUCGAGGCACUUCCAAAGGUAAUGUCAAGCAAUGGAUUAGCGAAAGCAUGGAUAAGAAAGAAUCUCAAUGGGCAUCUAAAGAGCUUUUGGAGUUUGUUGCAUUUAUGAGGCAUGGUGAUAAAUCUGCCAUGUUGCAAUCUGAUGUCCAAACAUUAUUGCUUGACUAUGUAAAGAGGAACAAUCUUUGGGAUUCCCGGCAGAGGAGUCUCAUAACAUGUGAUCAAACCCUCCAAAACUUAUUUGGGAAGCCCCAUAUUGGUCACAUUGAGAUGUUGAAGCUUCUUGAGCUUCACUUCCCGGGGAAGGAAGAUUCUUGGAAGAAGAAUUCUUUAAUCCCAACUGGAUUUGUUAAAAGUGAUUUUGGAGCUGAUGGAAAUGUCAACAGUGUGCCUGCUGCAAUUAGUAAUAGGAAUGAAGAGAGAGCAUCUCAGAAUGAUUUAGUUGAAUAUGCCGCAAUUGAUGCCCAUAACAUCAAUUUGAUAUAUUUGCGACGUGAUUUAAUGAAGAAUCUUCUUGAAGAUCCAGAGAAUUUGGAUAAUAAGGUUAUUGGGUCGAUAGUGAGAAUUAGAGCAUUGAGUCAUAACCAGAAGUUAGAUAUUUACAGACUGGUCCAAGUUGUAGGGACCAUUAAGAUGGCAAAGCCCUAUAAAGUUGGCGAAAGGACAGCCAACGUCAUGCUGGAAGUUUUGAAUUUAGAUGAGAAGGAGGUAGUUUCAAUUGAUGCCAUCUCAAAUGACGAGUUCACCGAGGAUGAAUGCAGGUGGUUCCGGAAAAGCAUUAGUUGUGGGCUUGUGAAGCAACUUACUGUUGGUGAUAUUAAAAAAGUAGCUACAGCACUUCAACCUGCCCGGAUCAAAGAUAUGCUGGAGAAAGAGGUAUCCCGACUAAAUCAUCUUCGGGACCAGGCUAGCAGGAGUGGAUGUAAGAAAGAGCUUAGAGAAUAUUUAGACAGAUUAGAGUUACUAAAAUCGCCAGAGGAGCGUCGGCGUAGAAUAGCUGAGAUUCCCGAGAUCCACGCGGAUCCAAAAAUGAGCCUAAAUUAUGAAUCAGAAAUAGAAGGCAAGCCAAGCAAAAAAGUUGAGCUUGUGCGGCCGAGCUUCUCAGAACAAACUCAAAACCGAAGAAAAUCAAUUUCCUCCAAUAAAAGAGGUAAGGAAGAUCAGCCCGUACAUUCACAGAAUCGGAAAAUGGAUUCAAAUGGCACCCAUGAUUCUGGGAAAACCGUGGAUCAAGGCAUUGCAACCCUUGCUGAUGUUGGCGAUAAAAACGAGCAAGCUGUACAAAGGUCUGAAGUAGAAACUUGGAGCACAACUGCCUCUGUUCAAAACUCGCCAUCGGUUACUAACAUGGAAACUGAGAAACUCUGGCACUAUCGGGAUCCUAAUGGUCAGAUUCAAGGUCCGUUUUCAAUGAUGCAUAUGCGGAUAUGGAACACAACCGGUCUACUGCCGCCUGAUAUGAGGAUCUGGACUAAUCACGAACAGUACGACUCUGUGCUUCUCACUGAUGCCCUGAUUGGUGAUCCCCACGGUGGAUCCGAGUCGUCGUGUAAACACUCUCCUGGGUCGCAAGAGAAUCGGGCUUCUGAAGGAAUCGGUGAAAGUGAGGGUACACAUGGCGCCACUGCAGAGAGUAAAGAGGCAGACGAUACCGCGACGAAUCAUGCAAGUGUUUUAUCCGAGAAAAAUUCCCGACAUGUGAAUGAGAAUGCCUCCGACUCCUCCUGGCCGCAAUGCUGGGAUUUGCUCAAUAACAAGAAUUCUAGCGCCGAUGAUGUCCAAGCGAAUGCACGUUGCCAGGAGAGCGACGAGUUAAACCAUGGCUUAGGAAACAGGGAAAAGAAUUUGAACGAGCCAACUCAAGAUGAGACGAGCGCCGGGAAUGAACUUCAGAAUCAAAGCAAAACUGAGGAUGAAGUUAAACAACCCGCCGAAGAAAAUUCGAGGCCUCUGAAUAUUGAUUUGAGCUCGAAUCUUAUGGAAUCUGAGUCUGUUAUUACGCCGGUGUCGAACUCGCUGGAUUUAAACAAACAGAUUGGGAACAUUGAUCAAUCUGAUCUUCAAAGUCCACCGUUGGCCAACACGCAGAAUCAACCGCCCACCUCUGGUAUUCUGGAGUUACUGAGCCCUGCCCCGAGAUCUUCGAAUGAUAAAGAUGCUACCGAGGCCAAAGAAACCAAAGAUACAGCCGAAACCAAGCCAUCCGAGAUGCUGAACGUUCCUGUUCUUGAUUCAGGCCUGAGUUGUAGCGGUGCUCCCGUCAUAACAGCAGGCGGCAUGGAACUUCCUGAUCUCGGAAAUGAAUGGUGCGGAUAUUCCUCGACGCCGGUAAAGCCGUCUAUCCCGGAAUGGGAUUCUGGUCUUGCAUCUGCUACUCCUGCUCCCUUUAUGAAAACCGAAGUGCUCGAUGAAUAUCCGGCUACCUCGAUGGCCUACGGUCACCAGAUUUCUCAUGCUCCUGCAUCCCAGCCGGCGACGUCGAAUAUGCCUAGCUGGCUGGAGAUUUUAAACGAGCCGAUCGAGUUUGAUGCUUUGGGCGAGGAAUCAGUAUCGGAUUUGUUGGCAGAAGUCGACGCCAUGGAAUCGCAAGGUGUGAUGUAUUCGCCUACUUCAGCCAUAAAGUUUGCUCGCGAAUUCCUUGAAGAAUGCAAGGACGACUGCUUUAGCUCGAUCGAGGAUUUCAACCCGCUGCCCGACCCACAACGCUGCGACGCUUCCGGCUCGACGGGAGAGAUGGAGAUGCAGAUGACAUCCCAAUCCUCGUGCAAUCCCAUCGAGGCGUUCGAUGCUUUCGACUCGCUCAGGAAAUCGAGCGCAAAUUCUUCGGCAAGCAGCGAGGGCGGAACGAAUGCUCAAGUCUACUCGGGAGACGCCGGUUCAGAAUUCCACCCGCCGGCACUGAACAACCCAGCCCAAGAAAUGGUUGGCCACGGCAACACCGCCACCAGCAACGGAGCUGAUCCAGUCGACCCGGGCUGGGGUAACGUCCAAGGGAACAUCAAUCUCGUCACCGUUCAGGGCAAUGUCAAUCUCGUCUUGGGAGGACCGACGCAGGGAAUGGCGAACAUCGGGUGGGGGACGAACCCGGGGACCGGGUGGGUCAACCCGAGCAUAAACCUGAGUCCCCGAAACGGGAGCUUGCCGUGGGACGGGCAGCCGCAGCCGCAGCCACAACAGCAGCAGCAACAACAGCAGCAGCAGCCGCAGUCGCAGCAAUCGCAGCAGCAACGCAAAUACAGCGGGGAACGGUACACGAGCCCUAGAUCGGGGUAUCAAAGCAGCGAGGCGGGUUUCAGCCGGGGGAGGCCCCCGAGGGGUAGGCAGGCGUACACGGGGGGAGGAUUCUUGCGGAAGGGGCCACGGAUAGUAUGUAAAUUCUACGAGAAGGGGCUCUGCAAGAAGGGUGCCUUUUGUGGGUACCUUCACCCGUGAUGAGGUAAUGAUGUUAAAUUUGUGGUUGGAGAUGAGGUACUUUUGAUGUUGUUGUUGAUGUGUGUUUAGGUGUAGAUUUGUUGUGAGUUUGGUCAUCUCUGUCUCUCUCUCUAUUAGUAAGUAAAUGAAUAUGAAGCUAAGGUACGUACUACCAUUUUAUGGCUGUUUUUGGACAUUAAAAUCAAUGUUCCUACUUUCAAUUUUACAAUAAUUUCAUGUUAUUAUCGAAUUAGGUUGUAAGUAUUUAUAUGCGUGUUUGAUUUACUUUUUGACAUUUUACCCAUAAAGAUUUUAAGAACAUUAUUCA